AUGCCGAGGGUUUUAAGAAAGCCUCGGAUUACUCUUAAGGUUCAUCCGACAUUUGAGGAGGAGCCUGAGUCAGUAAAGGUCUCUGGAAGAGAAAAGGCUCCCUGUAUAGUGGACUGUGAACAGCGUUCAGCAACAUCAGAAGAUCUCAGUGAAGGCUACUGCCCGGAGGAACUGACACUAAUCUACAGGCAGGGCUCUUAUGUGAGAGCUCCACCCCAAGUGCCGAUCCACCAGGACAUAGGGAAAAAUAACAGUGGAUUCACUGAGAUUCCACCGGAAUUGGCAACUGAGGCAGAUCCAGCUGUCGCAAUAGAAAAAAUAAUCACCUGGCUGAUGACUUCCGCCCUAGUGUCCAUCACAUUAUUCGCUCUCUGCAUAUGUUUCCGUUGCAAGGGAAAAUUGCAUGCCGUUCCGAAACUAAAGAGGAAUCAAUUAUGCUGUGGAAGCAAUUGCAGCAGGAAAAAGAAUAGGAAGAGGGGGACUGAUAUUAAUUCACCCGAGACAGGUCCGCUGUACAAUACAGAAAAGAAUAAAAGAUCGACGGAUAUUGGAAAUACCGACCAGACUGUUUCAACAGAGUUAAUGUUGGAACCAGACGUAGGCUACAUGAAAAACCUACUCAGUUUGGCCGACCCUAACGACAAGAAACUGAUAGGAAAGCCUAAAAUUCAGACCUUUGCUGACGUGGAAGCACCACAGACAGACAGUAUCCUUGUAGACCUGAAAGAUUUACAAGUCUCUGCUACAAACCAUAUUGGCUGGCUAACAUUGAUUUUAAAAUACGAAGAUGCGUUAGAGAAGUUGAUUGAACUCUUUGGAAAAAUCGAUGAGAAAAUCCUGAAAGAACAUCUGAAGCCUCUGCUAACUCGUGAGUCCAAAAGAGAAGAUGCGGUUCUUCUCAACUCUACUUUGCAGUAUCUCGUCAAUUUUUCUCAUUGGCCAAGAGCAUUUGUAAAACCCAAAUUAUUGGUUAAAUGGGCACCUCGUGACCAAAUGGAUUCAACGAAAUCUCUUACUGGGGAAAAGAUCGAUUUUGAUACAUUAUUGGUAAUGGCCAACAAAUUAUUUGAGGAAAACAAAAAUUCGAUUGAGAAUCAAAAGUUGAAUCCCGUCGGAGACUUAGAAGCAAAUUAUGUAGCGAGGGAUAGCACUGACGCGAGCAUUGUUUGGUUAUUCAACUCUGUUGCUGGUGCAGGCAAAUCGACCGUUCUCAAAGAACUGGCGCACCAACUCACCAAUCACGAUGGAGGGUUUAAAAUCCUGCUGAUUCCACUGAAAAAACACUAUCGGUACCUAUUUGACAUGCCUGCAUUGAAUGUGAAUGAAAUCAAAUUCCUCGCAAAGACAACUUGCAAUUCCCAUGAAGACAUCACGAACUGGAUUAAGAAGAGAGAACUCAUUGUUUUCCUCGACGGAUUUGACAAAGUGUGCCCAGAUUUAAGAGAGAAAAUCAUCAAAAUUUUGAUCGCAUUGAAUAAUGCAAGAGUUCCACUCUUCAUCGGGACCAGGCCUCACGAAGUGCAUCACAUUCAAGAGAGGAUAAAAAACACGACGGUAGUUGAGAUUGAACCCCUUGAUGAAGCAAAGCAAAUCGAUUUUCUGCGGAUCGUUGCACGAAAGAAUCCAAAAGAAAUCGAACAAUUCAGGAAAAUCUUCAAAGAUCAAGAUAUUCUGGGAAACCCACUCUAUCUCUCCAUGUUGGCCGAGCACAGCGGUGAUGGAAACUUGUAUGAGACAUAGGCGAUCGGUGGAUUUGGAUACACCUCAAGUGGCAGUGGCCAAUAUCGUGGAAAAACCCGGAAAAACCCUUUUAAACCGUAAAUGGUAUACAACAACCUCCCAACCAAAUUGUAAAGCAAAAGUAUAUAGUAUAUUAGCAAUUUAAUUAUUUUAAUUUUGUUAAUAUUUUAUAAGGUAAAAGUGAUUUCUUUAUUCCAGAUCCAAAACUAGAUAGUAAGAAGAGCGCACAAAUUUUAUUAUUGGAGAUCUACUUUUUGACUUAAAUAGUAAAAUAUUCACUUGCUUAGCAAAUAAAAUCAAAUUUCAUUUUUGUCACAAUUAAUUUUAAUCAAUUGGAGAGUAAAAAUUUGGGUGUUUGUCGAGCGCGGUGCGCAUUUUAAACUCGACGACCACGACAAUUUCCCUAACCAAAAUGUCUUUGUGCACCAUAUUUUUAUAAUAUUCAAUUCAGAAUUUAGACAGACGUGCUUGUUUUUGUUUAUUCUCAAUCAGCAAUCAGCUUUUCCAGUCAAUAAUUGCACCAAAACAAUUAAAAAAUUGAAGUCGCUGUCACAUUCGCGUGCUCUCCCACCACUUUUAAGUGACUUUAGCUGCCACUUGAUGCUUAUGGGAUUUUACUUGUUAAAUUUGGAGGUCGCUGAUUGGUCCCAAUUUCCCAUUUGAUUUAACCCGUGGAUUCGUGUGGCACUAGCCUAGCACACGGGUCGCUAGUACGCAUGCGUCCGUGUGCUUGCGCUCUAGACCGAGCAGGCAGCAAGCCUGCAGACUGAAAUAUAUAGCGACCAAAGGGACAUUUGAAAAAGGAAAAUUGAAAUUUAGGAAUUUUUCCUUCCUGCCUCCUUUCGACACCUCAAGUGACCCUUGACCCACUUACAUGCACCGAUCACCUAUGGUAUGAGACACAAUAGUGCGGGUGAAAAAGCAAAAAUUUGUGUUAUUCUUCCGUUCAAUUUUUAUUAACAAAUUAAAAAUGGAAAUAUUUGUAUCAAAAUUUUCAUUUGAUAGUGAUAAUGAUAAUUUCCAAUCCAAUGAAUUCAAUAUAUUUUUACCAAAUAUGAAACUGUCGCAUUUUUAGUCGAUUAUUCUUGUUUUAAAUAUUUUAAAACUGGUGUUUUUUAAUUAAUACUUUUAGUGGAAAAUUGUUCGAGAUCAAAUAAUUCCUAAACUUAAUUUUUAAACAGAAUUAUUUCAAAUCUAAAGGGUCUACGGGAAUCAGAAUCGAAAAAAAUUGAUUGAACUGGUGCAAAAUAAAAACCAGUACCACUCUUGAAUGAAUCAACGCGAGCUUGUACAAGAAGAGCAAAUUUGGUAUAAAAUUUCACUUAUUCUCAUUUUUCGCUCCCAAAAUAAAUUAAAUUAUUGAUUUUUUUUACACGAGAUACAAAAAUUACGCUUAUUUUUUAGCCUUGAUAUAGCCCAAUAAAUCAAGUAACCCUUUGAAAUACAUAUGUCAGCCAUAUCUGGCGAGAGAAUUUGAGGCAAACUUAUUGUGUACUUUACAAUAAAUAAAGCGUUAAGAAAUAAACAUAAAAGCAGGAUUGACCGUGUAUGUUAUGGGGACCGCCGUGCAGAGUAUGCAACCUGCACGGCGGGUUACUUUUGCUCCCCACUAGUCGCUGCAGCGGCUAUCGUAUUCACAAGCCCUGCAGCAGCCGAUGCGACAUGAGUGUUUAGGCUAGAUAGCAAAGCGAUCUCACGUCUGAGGUAUUUUACUUUAUUAGUGAAGUGAUUAUAACCUUGUGCUAAAAAAGUUAGUUUUAACGUGAAUUCUGAUAAGUCAUAUGCCCCUUUCCAGCUAUCGCACCACUCGUGAUUGUAAAGCUGUUGGCCGAGGGCACGUUAAGCGUGUGUUGAUAUAUAUUUAAAUUACGAUUUGAACCCGUAUGGGGUAAGCAGAUUAAUUAGUUCUUAAUUUGUUCUUGUCGUUGUAAUAUUAUUAUUUUAUAUGAUACUUUAUUCUUGAUGUGUGCCUUAUUGCAUUUUAAUAUGUUUCAAUUAUCAUAAAAUUACUUUGUUGGAAAAAUGUGAGAUUCUACGCAGCCCACUUAUUCGAGCACCCACAAUGAGAUAGAACAAUUUGUUUUCUUUUUAUAAUUUAAUGAGUUUGCUUGUCAUUUUUUAGUUUUGAAAAAUAUAUUAAUAUUUUUACUCUUGGAAACAAAAUGUUUGGACAUGUUUAAAAUAAAACAUUUUC